AUGUACGGCAAGGGCAAAGGAGCCGUGGUCCCCUCCGAUAGCCAAGCGAGAGAAAAGUUGGCGUUGUAUGUGUACGAGUACCUACUACACGUGGGAGCACAGAAGUCAGCACAGACCUUCCUUUCUGAGAUUCGAUGGGAGAAGAACAUCACAUUAGGGGAACCUCCUGGAUUUCUCCAUUCGUGGUGGUGCGUAUUCUGGGACUUGUAUUGUGCGGCUCCAGACCGACGGGAGACGUGCGAGCACUCCAGUGAAGCCAAGGCCUUCCAUGACUAUAGCGCGGCAGCAGCACCCAGCCCUGUUAUGGGCAACAUGCCCCCCAACGACGCCAUGCCAGGUGGUCCGAUGCCCCCAGGCUUUUUCCAGGGACCACCCGGCUCUCAACAGUCCCCCCACGCACAGCCCCCCACACACAACCCAAGCAACCCCAUGAUGGGACCCCACGGCCAGCCUUUCAUGUCACCGCGGUACCCGGGUGGACCCCGACCCGCUCUCCGAAUGCCAAAUCAGCCUCCAGGUGGAAUCCCGGGCUCUCAGCCUCUCCUGCCAAACAGUUUGGAUCCAACGCGACCGCAAGGGCAUCCUAACAUGGGCGGUCCAAUGCGGAUGAACCCCCCUCGAGGAAUGGCAAUGGGCCCACAGAAUUACGGCGGCAUGAGACCUCCACCAAACUCCAUGGGAGGCCCUAUGCCAGGAAUGAACAUGGGUCCAGGAGGGAGAGGGCCGUGGCCGGGACCUAACGCCAACUCAAUAGCCUACUCAUCCUCAUCUCCAGGCAAUUAUGUGGGACCCCCAGGUGGUGGAGGUCCACCCGGAACUCCCAUCAUGCCCAGCCCAGGUGAUUCGACCAACUCUAGUGAAAACAUUUACACAAUGAUGAACCCUAUUGGACCGGGAGGCAACAGACCCAAUUUCCCUAUGGGACCCGGGCCUGACGGGCCGAUGGGCGCUAUGGGAGCCAUGGAGCCGCACCACAUGAACGGGUCACUCGGGUCUGGAGAUAUGGACGGCUUGCCAAAGAGUUCCCCGAAUAACAUGGGGGGCAUGAACAACCCACCGGGAACGCCGCGAGACGACGGCGAAAUGGGCGGAAACUUCUUGAAUCCUUUCCAAAGCGAAAGUUAUUCUCCCAACAUGACGAUGAGUGUGUGA